AUGCCAUUCUCCAUCUUUCUCAGAGUAUUUCUGUUGGUCAGGAACAGUCAUAAAGGAAAUGUUUACUCUUUACAGAUGUCUGCUAAAGGGAAGAUCAACGUUGAAAAGUGGGACCCCAAUGCAGAUGGAGAACUGAAUGAAGUGAACUUGAGGAAAAAGUUGAAGAAGAAAGGUUGCAACUGUUUGACCUAUGAAUAUCCACCGGGCACUGUGUUUUGUGACCACACCUAUGGUCACUCCAAGAAGGAUGCUAUCCUUACCGGGCAAUAUGAAGUGUUCAUGUAUGGACAGAAGGCUGUUCUUCAACCUGGAGACAUGAUUGACAUUCCUGCUAACACCAUACAUAACACGGCAGUUGUUGGGAAUAAGUUUGUUCAGUUUUUUGAUGCGAGUGUAAUUUAUUAA